AUGAAUUUCCUCGGAAGCCUCAGAGCGACAACGUUACCGUCUUCAUUAUCAUGUAGUCGACGACUACUGUCCUAUCCCGAGCCUGGUCCCUCGAGACUCGUCCUACAGCUGGCCUCUGGCAAGAGUGCACGACCUCGCGUGCCCCCACGACGUUCGUUUUAUUCAUCUACCGUGACCGAUUGUGCCUCUACGCAACCUCUCCGGUAUCCUAGAUGGAUCAACGGCAAGCUGAACGGGGCGCGAGAUCAUAGCCCUGCCCCUACACACUCGGAGCAGUCGCAGACUGUCCAGCUCGAUGGUUCACAGGACGAGCAGGCCCCGGUGGACUCUGCGCCGCCUGCUUCCUCAUCUUCCUCGGGAUCAUCAUCAUCUUCGGGAGAUAACCCAGAUGACUCGGACCCGCCGCCCUCGACUCCGCCAGAGUCGCCGUCACAGCCGCAGACGUCCAUCUCGAAGCAGUCUGUGCCUGAAGUAUACCCUCAGGUCCUUGCGCUCCCCAUAGCCCGCCGUCCACUCUUUCCUGGUUUCUACAAGGCUGUCGUCGUGCGCAACCCCGCGGUCGUCGCCGCCAUCAAGGAGAUGAUGCGCCGUGGGCAGCCGUACCUCGGCGCGUUCCUCCUCAAGGACGAGCACACGGAUAGCGACGUCAUUACGGACAUUUCGUCGGUUCACCCGGUCGGCGUGUUCGCGCAGAUCACGAGUGUGUUUACCGCGAGCGGAACCAGGGAGGACGAUAAGGAGGAAGGCCUUACCGCGGUGCUGUACCCCCAUCGGAGGAUUCGGAUAACGGAACUUGUGAAAGCUGGAGGCGCGAAGGUCGAGCCCACAGAGGAGUCGUUACCGACGCCUCCUCCCGAACCAAUCGCUCCGGCACCGAUACAGACCUCGUUCCUGCAGAAUUACAACAUCUCCGUUGUCAAUGUUGAGAACCUCGUAACACAGCCCUACAACAAGGACGACCAGUACAUCCGCGCGUUCAUGUCCGAGAUCGUGUCUGUGUUCAAGGACAUUGCACAGCUCAACCCGCUCUUCCGCGAUCAGAUUACCAACUUCUCGAUAAACCAAGUCGCCUCGAAUGUAUUCGAUGAGCCGGACAAGCUUGCGGAUUUCGCCGCGGCCGUCUCGACGGGCGAUGUGAAUGAGUUGCAGGAUGUUCUUGAGAGCCUCGUCGUCGCAGACCGGCUGCAGAAGGCGCUGCUCGUCCUGAAGAAGGAACUGAUCAACGCUCAGCUACAAAGCAAGCUCGCGCGUGACGUGGACAGCAAGAUCGCUAAGCGCCAGCGCGAGUACUACCUCAUGGAGCAGCUCAAAGGCAUCAAGAAGGAGCUGGGUAUGGAGUCUGACGGUAAGGACAAGCUGAUCGAGAAGUUCAAGGAGCGUGCUGCGACCCUGAAGAUGCCCGAGCUCGUCCGCAAGGUGUUCGAUGAGGAGCUCAGCAAGUUGAUGGGGUUGGAGCCCUCUGCGUCUGAGGCAAAUGUCACUCGGAAUUACCUGGAGUGGCUUACGCAGAUUCCUUGGGGUCAGCAUUCUGAAGAGAACUACUCUAUCACGCACGCACAGAAAGUCCUGGACGAAGAUCAUUAUGGCAUGAAGGACGUCAAGGACCGCAUCCUGGAGUUCCUCGCGGUCGGCAAGCUCAGAGGAACGGUCGAGGGCAAGAUCAUCUGUCUUGCGGGCCCGCCCGGUGUCGGUAAAACCUCUGUCGGUAAAUCUAUUGCUCGCGCACUCAACCGCCAAUUCUUCCGCUUCUCUGUGGGUGGCUUGACCGACGUUGCGGAGAUCAAAGGUCACAGGCGUACUUAUGUUGGUGCGUUGCCAGGUAAGAUUAUACAGGCACUCAAGAGAGUCGGCACGGAGAACCCAUUAGUGCUCAUCGACGAGAUCGACAAGAUUGGACGUGGUAUCAAUGGAGAUCCCGCAAGCGCAUUACUGGAAAUGCUUGAUCCCGAGCAGAAUUCCGCGUUCUUGGAUCACUAUAUGGAUGUCCCGGUUGACUUGUCACGUGUUCUAUUCGUCUGCACCGCCAAUGUCCUCGACACGAUUCCUGCCCCCUUGCUGGACCGUAUGGAGGUCCUGGAGCUUAGCGGAUACGUUUCAGAGGAAAAGUCCGUCAUCGCGGAUAAGUACCUGGGUCCCCAGGCGAAGGAAGCUUCCGGUCUCAAGGACGCGGACGUCAUGAUCGAUCCUGCGACCGUCGACAUGCUCAUCAAGUACUACUGCCGUGAGAGUGGUGUGCGGAGCCUGAAGAAGUUCAUUGAGAAGAUCUACCGCAAGGCUGCGUUAAAACUCGUCCAAGACUUGGGUGAAGAAGUGUUCCCAGAGUCGGUCGCCACUAGCGCCAUGGACCACGAUAUCGAGGCAAAGACUGUUGAGAAGCAGGAUGCACCUCAAAAUGAGCCGGCCGCAUCGGAAACAACCGUGCUCCUGACAGACGAGGAUCAAAGUGCGGAACGCAAGGUCACCACAGUGGUGCGCAAGCCGCUGAAGGUCCCCGACUCCGUGCACGUUCGCAUCACUCCAGAGAACCUCAAGGAUUAUGUGGGACCCCCGAUAUACCACAAGGACAGGAUGUACGUCAAGCCUCCACCACCCGGCGUGAGCACCGGCCUUGGCUACUUGGGCAAUGGUUCCGGCGCAGUGAUGCCUAUCGAGGCUAUGACUAUGCCAGGAAAGGGACAGUUGCAGCUGACCGGAAAGCUUGGCGAAGUGAUUAGAGAAAGCGCCCAGAUCGCGAUGAGCUGGGUAAAAAGCCACGCAUAUGAGCUGGGUAUUACGGCGUCUCCCGAUGAGCAGUUCCUAGUCGAGCGAGAUAUCCAUGUCCAUAUGCCUGAAGGUAGCAUCGGCAAGGAAGGUCCCAGCGCAGGCACUGCCAUCCUGUCGGCGUUCGUGUCUCUGUUCACAAAGACAAAGAUCAAUCCUGAUAUUGCUAUGACGGGGGAGAUCUCCCUUGUCGGACAGGUGCUGCCAGUGGGCGGGCUGAAGGAGAAAAUCCUUGCGGCGCAUCGCGCGGGCAUCAAGACCAUUAUCGCGCCCGAGGCAAACCGGCCAGACAUCGAGGAGAACGUUCCCGAGAGCGUGAAGACGGGCAUUCGGUUCGUGUACGUUGAGGACGUGCGCGAGGUGCUGCAGGAGGUGUUCCGCGGAGAGCCCAUCGCGGAGCGGUGGAAGGAUACGCUAUCGCUGUCAUGA